CAAGUAGUUAUAGUAAGCAGGACGUGUACGUCGUGCGAAAAUUCAAAAUGUUUUCGAAAAUCUAAAAUAAACAUAAUAAUGUUUAAGUGAAAAAUGUGGAAAUUAUUCGUAUUAUCUCUAUUCGUUGGGGUAACUGUGGCUGUUACCCCGAAUUAUUGUUGCGAUUUGGGACAAGUUGUGUUAAAGAAGAAAAGUGUUUGUUGGGAUCCUAAUAAAAAUAUUACUACGGAUAUAAGAACGUUGGAUUGCAAGAAGAUAGUACGGUUGCUCCGCUACCAAAUUAAUAGUGAUGGCACUUUAUUUUUGCACUUGGAUAAUAGGAACGUAUCUAUUGAAAUCGAAAGUUUCUGUUUAGCGAAUUCGACUACAGUGAAAGAUGUUGAACUGAAAAAUCUGACGGAGAUUGCUGUAGUAUGUGGGGAAGACUCAGAUAAUGUUAAUAACCAAGUAGCGGGAUACUGUAUGACAGUCUCGGUUUUGUUUUUGUUUGCAACUGCUGUAAUAUAUGCUGCACUUCCGGAACUCAGGGAUCUCCUAGGAAAAAGUAUUGUUUGCCUUUGCACUAGCAUGGGUCUUGGAAUGAUGUUGAUAGUGAUCAUGAAGUUAAUACCGUAUAGCGUCUACGCAAUGGAUUUGUGUGCUGUUAGAGGGUUUCUAGCGUAUUACUUUUUCAUGGCUAGCUUUUUUUGGAGCAAUGCCAUUUCAAUUCAAAUAUUAAUGAGUAUAAGACGGCCGUCUACAAUAAAUUACAAAUGGAGUGGUUUCUUAUGGUUCGCUCUGUACGCUUUUGGCUGUCCUGCAGUAUUGACUAUGAUCAUGGCCAUAAUCAACUUUGUACCGGGUGACCAUCCUAGGCCUGGCAUUGGACUUAUGCACUGUUGGUUUUAUGAUGUAGAAAACCAGUGGUAUUAUAUGUACAGUGUGAUGUCAAUAUUGAUAAUAGCCAACAUUUGCAUAUUCGGAUACACUUCAUAUUGUCUAUGGAGAAGCACAUUUGCGACGACUCACUUGAAGGCUCUUAAGUAUAAGUUUAUGAUGACGCUACGACUUUUUGUGCUGAUGGGAAUAACAUGGAUAUUUGAGAUGAUUAGCUCUCUUACGGCGGAGUCGUAUUUCUGGUUCGUUAUCGACACCUACAAUACAAUGCAGGGAAUAAUGAUAUUUUUGAUGCUGGUGCCGUUCAGGAGAAGAACCGUCAAAGCAAUGUACAAACAAGGUUGGCUAGACUGCUGCUCUGACGCAAUAGAAAAGCACUUGGCUGUGGUAGAAGACGACGAGCAAGAUGCCAUUGAACAUAAUACUGGCGUGCCCAUGGAGGAUAGAAAUGGGAAGUGACCAGAUUAUGUGUGAAAGAAUUUCAAAAUACACGUUAAUACUACGCCGUUAAUGAGUCUAUUACAACAUGGCAAAACUUUGUGGCGAUUUAAAGAUAAAAGAUACGGCAGACAAAAAUAAGAACAAUUUAUAAUAAUACCAAAGACAAGAACGAACUAUGAACUCGAUACUUUUUGCCUUGCCAAUGGGAGAAUUUAUCAACAAAAUGUUUUAACAUGAACGUGCACGCCAAUAAGAAUACACACUAAAAAUAAUUCUUACAUAUUGGUGUCCUAGCGAAACAGAUUACAAACAGUUCUAUUGUUUUAAUUUUAUCUUGAAAAAUUUUUGAAAUUCCAAUGGUUUUUAUCCAUUUCAAGCAUUUAAUUCCCAUUUCAAACGUUCAUACGUAUCUAAUCUACGUCUCUGUAAAGAAUUUGAUCAGUAUAUUUGUAUUGUGAUAAUUACAUGAUUCUUUACGUAUUUUGAUACACUUAACGCACUUCAAUUGAG